AUAAUGAAAUAAACCUUAAUAUAUUUUUUUGGUAAGAAAUAAACCUGAAAUUUGACUUGAAUGAAUGACAAUGAGAACAUAAGAAAGAAAAAUACAAAUCCGUGAUCUCCAAUCUCCAUCUUCUUCUGUAACUCCCCCAACAACCAAUCUAACCAAAAAAAAAAAAACCUAACCCUCUUUAACAAACCCCACUUUCCUAAUUUACCUUUCCACAAAAAUUCCAACAUUCAAUUACUAAGAAUCAACAACAAUUCUGGAGCAAAUUUUUGGAAAUUUCUGAUCUGGGUUUUCAAUUUUACAUCUUCAAUUUUAUUUAUCUAUCUAUUACUUCGAUGUGCAUCAUCAACAUAGAGUUUCAAAAAUCCAAGAUCUUCAACGACCCAGUAACGCAAUUAGUUUCAAAAUCCAAACUUUAACCAAACCCACUUCUCAAAAUCUAAACUUUCAUAUGCCCACGUAGUGAAAUCAGUUAUGGGAGCUGAAAAAAAAUGGCUUUUCACGCUAUUCAGUGCAGCAGUUUUAUCUCUAAUGCUUUUGUUAAUGUCUUCUUUUUCAACUUUCAGUUCUCAAAAGCCUUUUCCAUCUUUUGUUCAACAUGGUUCUCAUUACCCUCCUGCUUUUGCAUACUUCAUCUCUGGUGGACAUGGUGAUAAAGACCGGAUCUUUCGUUUGUUGUUGGCUGUUUAUCAUCCGAGGAACCGUUAUUUGCUUCAUCUUGGUAUGGAUGCUAGGAAUGAAGAGAGACAGGGUUUGGCUGAUGCUGUUAGUUCUGUUCCCGCGAUUCGGGCUUUCGGGAAUGUUGAUGUGGUUGGCAAGGCUGAUUGGAUCACUUAUUUGGGUUCUUCCAAUGUUGCUAUUACGCUACGUGCUGCUGCUAUUAUGCUUAAAUUGGAUAGUGGAUGGAAUUGGUUUAUCACUUUGAGUGCUCGUGAUUAUCCUCUCAUUACACAGGAUGAUCUAUCCCAUGUUUUCUCCUCCGUGAAUAGAGACCUCAAUUUCAUUGAUCAUACUGGUGACCUUGGAUGGAAAGAGAGUGACAGAUUCAAGCCUAUUGUAGUUGAUCCAGGAACAUAUUUAGCAAGGAGAAGUCAAAUUUUUCAAGCUACAGAGAAGAGAGCAACACCUGAUGCAUUCAAACUCUUCACUGGUUCGCCGUGGGUCACAUUGAGCCGACCCUUUCUGGAGUUCUGCAUUUUCGGUUGGGAUAAUUUACCACGAACGCUACUAAUGUAUUUUACAAAUGUUAAGUUAUCUCAAGAAGGCUACUUUCACUCAGUCAUUUGCAAUGCACCCGAAUAUAAGAACACAACAGUGAAUGGUGACUUACGAUACAUGAUAUGGGACAAUCCUCCAAAGAUGGAACCACUCUUCCUUAAUACAUCUGUUUAUGAUAUGAUGGCAGAAAGUGGAGCAGCAUUUGCAAGACAGUUCGAGGCUAAUAACCCCGUGCUGGAUAUGAUUGACAAAAAAAUUCUCCAACGUGGUGGUCGCAACCGAGCUGCACCAGGGGCAUGGUGCUCCGGUCGGAGGAGCUGGUGGGUGGAUCCGUGCUCACAGUGGGGUGAUGUCAAUAUUCUUAAGCCAGGUCCUCAGGCUAAGAAGCUUGAGGCAUCUGUUUCUAGCCUUCUUGAUGACUGGACCGCACAGACAAAUCAGUGCCAGUGAUCACAGCAUAGACACUAAGAAUAGAAACCAUUGUAGGAAGCUGCGCAGUCUAUCUAUUGCACUGACCAGUAGAAUUUGCCAUUUAUUUUGAAAGAAAAACACAUUCUUUGGUCACCAAAGUGUAAUAUCAAUCAUGAGAGGUGGGGCUCUGUGCAUAAGAAACAAGAGUUGAGAGUUGGAAUGGGGAAGGGAAAUGCAUUUUGAUGAGCCUGGGGUGCUGUAUUGUUUUGGAGGCUUGAUAUUUAUGGUAGAUCCUCCAAUGAUGCCUUUGAAUCAAGUGGGAGGAUAUUCCUCUUGCUUUUCACUUUCAUAAAUGUUGUAUGUUCUAUAUAUGUCUCAUCUGUACGAUUCGAGCAGGAUAGCUAGCUCAUUCUUUUUGGAUUAUGAAUAUGAUUGUCAUUUUCCAUUCUCCAAUCAAUCUUUUCCUUUUGGCACUUGUUA